UUAAAACUAAACUUAUGGAACACAGAGCUUCUAACACGAAUGAGGUGAAAUACAGAGGUGUACGGAAGCGUCCAUGGGGGAAAUAUGCUGCGGAGAUACGGGACUCGGCUAACCACGGUGCUCGUGUCUGGCUUGGGACGUUUAACACAGCGGAAGACGCGGCUCGGGCCUACGAUAGAGCCGCUUUUUCUAUGAGAGGCCAUAAGGCCAUUCUCAAUUUCCCUCAUGAGUACCCAGUGAUGAGGGAUGGUCCCAGUGGUGGUGGCGAGAAUGCAGUGGCCUCUUUGUCGUUAGAGUUUGGUGAAAGAGACGGUGGUGGCGGGAAGGAAGUGAUUGAGUUUGAGUAUUUAGACGAUAGUUUAUUGGAAGAGCUUCUAGAAUGUGGAUAGAGUUAUAACCAGGAAGUUUGGUAUAACACAAACCGUUAACUAGAUCGAUUUGUCACUUCUUUUGUUUUCUUCUUCCAAAUGUGUUAGCACUGGAUAAUAUGGAUUUUAUAUCUUGCGUUAAUAUUACUAAGCAACAGUUUUACCAAUUACCACAUUCGUUAGUGUAUGGAUAAUAUGGAUUUUAUAUGUUGGGGUGAAGAAUACUAAUAAUAUUUUUUGUUUUA